AUGCCGCGACCCGCGCCACACGGAGGACGCGCAGUCGCCAUGGGAGUGCUCGGCAGGGCGGACUGGAGCGACGGCGCUGAGCCCCGGGAGAGACGCAGCGACGACCCCGCGGCCAGCCUUCCAGUGGAGGAGCUCGUCGCCAGCUACUCGUACCAGGCGCUGGUGGCGGUGCUGGUGACCGUGAUGGCGCUGGUGCUGUUCGCCGCGGUGAGCUACCAGUGCGCCUCCACGUGGCGCUGGCUCAGAGGCCUCGCGCUGGGCGACUCGGACAGCGACGGCGAGGACCCGCUGUCCAAGCAGGCGGCCAUCAGGAUCAGCCACUCGCUGCCCGACCUGCAGUCGGAGCCCACGCGCCAGGAGUACGUCCAGAGCCCCAAGGACACCAAGAAGGUGCUGAGGCAGACGACCUUGCCGUCCGUGCCGACGCGCCACCAGACCUUCCAGCGCCAGCUGUCCCACCGCCUCGACCUGCCCAACAUUCAGUUCAGCAUCUGCAGCCUGGAGCACCGCAACGACUUCAGCAUCGGGCUCAUCAAGCCGGAGCUGUACGCCAAGGAGAUGGUGCGGCAGUCCUCCACCGACAGCUCGGGCACCGGGGAGAUGGAGUACUGCGGGAAACUGCACUUCGCGCUCAGAUACGACUCGGAGAUGGAAGGCCUCAUCGUCAAGGUGCUGGAGGCUCGUGACCUGCCGGUGAAGGACAUGACCGGCAGCAGCGACCCCUACGUGAAGGUGUACCUGCUGCCCGACCGCAAGAAGAAGUUCCAGACCAAGGUGCACCGCAAGAACCUCAACCCCGUCUUCAACGAGACCUUCAUAUUCAGCGUGUCGUACGAGGACCUGCGGAAGAGGUACCUGCAGUUCUCGGUGUACGACUUCGACCGCUUCUCGCGGCACGACCUGAUCGGCCAGGUGGUGCUGAAAGGGCUCCUGGAUAACGCCGACCUCCAGCAGGAGCUGGAGUACACCAUGAACAUCCUGUGCGCGCCGCAGGAGAAGGUGGAUCUCGGCGAGCUGAUGCUGUCCCUGUGCUACCUGCCCACGGCCGGCAGACUGACGCUCACCGUCAUCAAGGGCAGGAACUUCAAGGCGAUGGACAUCACCGGCAAGUCUGGUACAUCCCGGCCGCAGGGCAGGGCCGCUGGACCCGACACACGUGCCGCGCGCGUGGGGCAGGCCCGCCUGCCGUGA